AUGCAAGCACUGCUUCAUAGUGACCUCAGACCCAAGGAUCUCUCGAGCGCUGCAGAUUCGUGGCUUUGGAAUUUGGACAUUGACAAAGUCUUACAAGAUCCAGACACGUUCGUGGCCUGCCAGGCGAUGUUUACAAACUUGGAACACCUCGCUGUGGGCAUCUCUCGUCUGCAUGACUUGUCCGACUACGCUGGCUUGUGGGCAAGUGCCUCGAACCUCGUCUCGCUCACGCUAUGGACGCAAGACUCUAAUCUACUGCGCAAUGUCGUCGCAAAAGCUGUUUUUCCGAGUCUCUGCGUCCUCAAACUGUGCGGAGUCAGCAUUCCACUGGCGGAUUUGCACACGAUCGUCCAGGGCUUGGUUGAACGCAAUCCCGCGCUCCAACAGCUUCACCUACACGGUGUUGUAUUGCUCUUUUGCGAAAGUUUCGUCAAUCAGGCAGACAAUGAGACCGGCGGUGCAGGCACCGUAGCCGAUUUCAGGAAGGGCUUUAGCUGGGUGACGGAGGAGAAUCUCCUCGGAAACGCCUUGCGGAAGCUAUUGGGUCUCUCGGGCGAGUAUAUCGAGGUCAGGCUUGACCUCAGAGAUUUCCAUAGAGUAUGGCAUCGACGAGUCCCGAUUGAGCAUGGAUAA